GUGUUUGGCAACAACAAAAUUUCGAACAAAAAUCAAUAAAACGGAAACGUGAGAGAGCUGCGCAAAAGAGAAAAGCGAACGCAAUCGAAUCGACCAACGCAUAGAAGGAACAAGCCGCCUGCCAGCCAAAGCCAAGAAUUCCACAUUACAAAACACCUCACACUGCAUUGUCACAUUCCCAAGUAAAGCUGCCAUGAGUUAAGAUCAAGAUGCAAGUCCAGGACCUGCUGCUUGCCACCGCUUUAAUCGGCGCUUGUUUGCCGCUUGCCGCCGCCUGUUCCUCGCGUGCCGUCGCCAAGCCGCGUCCCACAGCUGCGCCGAUCCUGCCGCCGGACAAUGUAGAGGUACCGACAACGCCGAGACCCAACGUCACAUUUCCGAUAUACGCCUGUCCGACCACAUUUGUCGCCUGGUAUUGCCUGAACGACGCCACGUGCUUCAUGGUGAUGAUCCACAACGAACCCCUGUACAAUUGCGAGUGCGCCGAGGGUUACAUGGGCCCCAGGUGCGAGUACAAGGAAAUAGAUGGCUCGUACCUGCCAACCAGGAAUCGGGUGAUGCUGGAGAAGGCCAGCAUUGUGAGCGGGGCGACACUAGCGCUUUUGUUUAUGGCCAUGUGCUGCGUGGUUCUCUACCUGCGACACGAGAAGAUGCAGAAGCAGAAGCUGCACGACAGCACCACAACCACAGCGACCGACGGUGGUUGCCAGAACGAGGGAAUGGACGAGGUGGAUGGUUUGCGACCCCUGCGCCCCGCGAGACGUCCCUUUGGCCCCUGCCGCAUCCUAUCGCUGGAGGAGGCCCACCUCCAAGCGGUGGCCUCCAAUCGCCCCCGGCACUGCAACUAACACUCCGCCACCUAAUAAGCCAGCUAGCUGAUUUGUUUUUGAAUGUCUAACAUGUCUCCCCGUUUAUUUUAACUGCUUAACGCAACUUUUAUUUUAACCAUCCAAUCGGGAUGCCGAAUGCUGUAGUUUUAAGAACCUACUGACGUGCCUUUUCAAACUUUAGACCAAGUAUUAACGAACGAAAUCUGAUUGCUCAGAGAGAAUGAAAACGAAAAAGCAAAACCUAGAGAUAAUGCAAUGCAAUUUCGGCAUUUAGCCGCCCAAUUAUUUAUUAUACACCUAACUUUAUUAAAAACCGCGUAAACUAUUAACGUUAAUAAAAGCGACAACUAAACAAGAA